AUGCCGCUGUUCUGCGACCGCAGAAGUCUUUCAAAGCGGGACGGCUUCUUCGACUGGUCGGCGUACACGCACGUGGUACUGCGCGUGCGUGGUGACGGGCGCUCCUACAUGCUGAACCUGGCCUCCAUGGGCUACUUCGACCUCAUGUGGAACGACAUGUACUCGUUCCCGCUGUACACGCGCGGCGGGCCGUACUGGCAGGUGUCUCGGAUCCCGUUCUCCAAGUUCUUCCUGUCGAGCAAGGGACGAAUCCAGGACAAGCAGUGCCCACUGAUGCAGGACCGGAUCACCAGCAUCGGCAUCACGGCCGCCGGCGUGAGCGGCCCUUUCCAGCUGGAGAUCGACUACAUCGGGCUCGAGAUGGACCCCAAGCACGACGAGGAGUUUGCCUACGAGAUGUACAAGACGCCGUCCUUCAUCGCCGGCGUGUAGCCGCCUGGC